AUGCCAUAUGUUGAAGCCCUCACGAAGAGCCGAGAGGCAAAAGAUGCAGGAUUGACCACUGGAGCCUCCGACAAGGGCAAGGCGGGAGGCCCGGUGCAGGCUAGGGAUUUGACCCCAAAGAGGAUGAAGGAUAGUUACUAUCGCUCGAUACUACGUCUUGGUCAAGACCCGUGGCUAUUGGAUGAAUAUAUCAAUGCAUCCGGGCAGAUCAGACUUGGGUCUUUGUUGAUGGACUUGGAUGCUCUUGCUGGUGUUGUCAGUUACAGACAUGCCGGUGACGACGUGGCCCUCGUUACCGCGGCGGUCGACAGGAUCACGAUGGAGAAUCCACUCAAAGAAAUCUGUGAUUUGGAAUUAAGUGGCCAGGUCACUUAUUCUACCGGCCGAUCAAGUAUGGAGGUAUCGCUAAAGGUUGCUAAGGCACCUGCUGAAGGCGAGGUGGUCAAGCCAGAAGAUGUUCUGCUUACUUGUGCUGUCACCAUGGUCGCUCUGGAUCCAAAGACCAAACAACCAGCCUCUGUCGCACCACUCCUGAUAGAAACGGAGGAAGAGCGGCGGUUGUUCAGCAAAGGGGAAAAGAACUAUAACGCCAAAAAGGAUCUAAGAAAAAGAAGCUUGAAGACGCAAACACCAAAUGAUGAAGAGAGCGAUCUCAUCCAUGCCAUGUGGACUAAAAGACAAGGCCAAUCUCUGCCCCCCACAUCAUCUGGAGCUCAAGCUACGAACAUGCAAAAUACAAUGCUCUCGUCAGCCCAAAUAAUGCAACCAUACGACAGGAACCGACAUAACUUUAUGAUAUUUGGAGGCUUUCUCCUAAAACAGACAUUCGAGCUAGCCUACUGUUGUGUUGCAUCCUUCUCGCGCAGUCGACCUACUUUCAUAUGCCUUGAACCAAGCACCUUUGACAACCCAGUACCGGUCGGCUGUGUAUUAUACCUGAAAUCCGUCGUGUCAUUCACCGAAGACUCGCCCUCCCCAGACGGUAAAAAAUUCACCAGAGUCCAAGUUCGCGUUGACUCAGUCGCGAGAAACGUCGAGCAUGGAACCAAAAAUCCAACAGGUACCUUCAAUUAUACGUUUUUGGUUGAAGGGCAGCAUGAAGUCUGGCCGCAGAGUUAUGACGAGUUCAUGGUUUAUGUGGAAGCGAGAAGGAACGUGCUGGAUAUGAAUGCCAGUUUGCCCUCGUCGGGCAAGGAGGCCGAUGGAUAUAAGGAGGGGGCUAUAGAUGUAUUAGUUACACCUGACAACAAGGACUUUUUCUACGUCUGUCCCAUCCAUCUGAAGGACCGGGCGUUUUGUUCCCCCCUUAUAGAUGAAGAGGAGGUUGCAGCGAAAAAAGAGGCAAUAGAUCGUGAGAUCGAGAAGGUAAAGAAAGAAUACGAAGAGAAGCAACGGAAGAAAAAGGAAAAAGAAAAAGGAAAGGAGAAAGACAAGGAAAAAGACAAGGACGCCGAUAAGAAAGACGAUAAGAAGAAGGACGAGGAUGACGAGGAAGAUAAAAAGGACGAGAAGGAGAAAGAUGAUAAGAUUAAAUCUAUACAGAAUGCUGCUGCAGCCUCUGGGAACGCUAGCACAGAUGAUACACCCCGGAUAUAUUCGCUUCACAAAAACUUUUACCAGAUGCGGAUCGAUAGGCUGAGGGCCAUUGAGAGGUCGAAGAGGGAUCGUCAACGGCUUCAAAAUCCCUCAACAUUCCCGUCCGUCCCGAAGUCAGAUCUGUCAUGA